CAAAAAAUCCAGCAUUCGACUUUGAAUCAGAGCCAAAAAUAAAUGAUAUUGAAAGAUGUUACGCAAAAAUAUCAAUGCUUAAAGACGAAAAUGAAUUAUUUUUAUUAAAAAAGCAUAUAGAAAUUCUCCCUUUUAUUAAUUCAUUACCAUCAAAAUUAAUUAAACUGAUGAUACCUUCUAUGAACUUUUCGAGUAAUAAUCCACUCGUAGAUGAUAUUUAUCUAGAUGACAUUUUUCUGGAAGUCGUAUAUCCCAAAUUUGAACUUAUUUAUGAAAAAGAGUCGAUGCAACCAACGGAAGAAAUUAAAAGGGCACUUGCAUCUCAAACGAUAAUUAAUCUUGAUUAUGAGUCUGAAAUUGAUGAAUUAUCUAACAACUCAUCAAAAUUAAAUCAGCUCUUAGAUUCGUGGGAAAGCGAAUAUAGCAUUAAUGUCAAUUAUUUUAUGACAACAGAUUACGAUGCUAUUACUAAAGAAACUAUUGCAAAAUGGAUAAAUACAUGUUCUAAGCAUGAUAUUGAAGCACUAAAAGUUAUCGGUCAAAGUGAUUUUUUUCCGUUGUAUGAAAUAUUUGAGAAGCCUAUUAGUGAAAGAAUCAAGUUAAUUUUGGAAAUAGGAGAUGAAAAACAAGUACUAAUGACAGGAAUUACACAAAUUCAUAAAGACAAUAACUAUUAUCGUAUAAGUUUUUCUGAUAAAUUGGAUAGAAAUAAAUAUCAGAUUUUUGCAAAGAUUACAAGAGCUGAUGAAACUAAUAAACAAAUAAUAGAUGUAGUUAAUGAGGCUAUUAUUAAAAUAAAGUCCGCAACUAGAACAGGAUUUGUAGCGAUAAUUGAAAAUCUUGACAAGCUUAACGUCAAUGCCCAAAAAAUCUCUACAUUAGAUUCGGGAACUAUAAUGAUUAAACCAAAUCAAAAAGAUUUAUUAUUGGGUAAUAUUCCAGAAAAGCCGAUGCCAAAUUCAAUAAUGAUUCUAUUAUAUGAAUCUAAAUUGCCUAUUUGUCCAAAAAAUGAGGAUGGCAAAAUUGAAUUUAACAUAGAUAGUUUAUUUAUUACAAAUAAUAAAUCAGAAACUACUGAGUUUAUACUUA